AUGGACAGAGGCGAGGGCACGACCACGCUCCCCGGUACCCUACCGCCCGACGCCUUCUUCUCCAAACACGCCCACUCGACGCUGCGCACCGCCGCGCACGCAUCGCACGAGCGCACCCUGUCCUCCGCCUCCGGCUACGUGCACCACCAUGUGGCCGGCGCUGCCAAGAGCACCACCUCGCCCGCGAAGCGGCGCUACGUCGCGGACGCGCACGGCCUCGAGAUCGUCAAGAAGAUCCGGCAGGGCGAGGUCGAGCUGCGCGAUCGCACCAUCGUCCUGUGCGACAUCAAAGCCAACAGGCUCGUCAUGUCAGCCGCGUAUCAGGACUCAGGCCCCCCAAUACGCGGCUGA